AUGGCAGCAAUCCUACCAAACCCUUUUGCAUUGAAAUCUAACAGCAACCACCGUUACUUGUGCUACGGAGCAGGCAGGAUUCUCCAAUUCACAGGGCAGGAUCCUGCCCCAUUUUUCACAACGGAGAAUGCACAAACCCCCGGAUACAUGCAUAUCAAGUACAAUGCAAUCGGCAAAUACUUGGUAAGGGUGCCGGGUCAAACUCGACCGCUAUUGAAGAUCGUGGCCACCGCUGAUACACCAAACGAAAACACGACCGAUGACAAUUGCACUUUGUUCGAGUCUGAGAAUGUCGGACCAAAUACCCCCACACAAGUGGUCUUCCGAUUUCGCCAAGUGCAGAGCAAGCUCUAUAUAAGGCCAAACUAUGUGCAAGGUUUAGAAGGUGUCCUCUGUGCAUUGGAUGCCAACACUGACGUCAAUGGAGUAGCGGAUCUCCUUACAGCCGUUGGGCCUCGUUGA